AUAGUUUCAAAGGUGAACAUGGAAGAUUUUGAAAAAUUGGAAAAAGUUGGAGAAGGGACAUAUGGAGUAGUUUAUAGGGCUAAAGAUAAAAAAACCGGAAGAAUCGUAGCUCUCAAACAAGUACGUCUAGAUUCAUCUAUUGGAGAAAAAGAAGGAAUUCCACCUACUUCACUUCGAGAAAUUUCUUUGCUAAAGGAAUGUAUGAAACAUGAAAAUAUUGUAAAACUACUUGAUAUUGUAAAUCAAGAAAAUAAAUUAUUUCUUGUUUUCGAGUUUCUUACAAUGGAUUUGAAAAGAUAUAUUCAUUCUUCCAAAGAAGGAUUGGGGCAUAAUAAGAUUCUGAAACUCAUGUACCAGCUGCUUGAUGGAACCACGUUCUUACAUAAACGACGAAUCUUUCAUAGGGAUUUAAAACCUCAAAACCUGUUAAUUGAUAAAGAAGAAAACCUUAAAUUAGCAGAUUUUGGGUUGGCCAGAGCCGUUGGUAUUCCUUUGAGACCUUACACACAUGAGGUGAUUACUCUGUGGUAUAGAGCUCCGGAACUUAUGCUCGGUAGUCCAACUUAUUCUUUUGCUGUUGAUAUGUGGAGUAUUGGAUGUAUAUUUGCCGAAAUGGUUAAUAAGAAGGUCUUAUUCAAGGGAGAUAGUGAAAUAGAUGAACUUUUUCGAAUCUUUCAGGUUCUUGGAACUCCUGACGAAAGUGUUUGGCCUAACAUAACACAAUUUAGAGAUUUCAAACCUGUUUUUCCAAAAUGGAAACCACAACUCCUUGAUAAAUAUGUUCCUACUUUAAGCUCUCUCGGUGUUGAUUUGCUCAGUGUAAGUCGAACUGUUUUAAACAGCGUUGGCAUUGGACUUGUGUACAAUGCAAAUAGAAUGUUGACGUACGACGACACAUUACGCAUUUCAGCCAAACGUGCUUUAUCACAUCCUUAUUUCAACGAAAUAAAUGAAAUUAAUCGUUGUUUGUCGUCGAGACCAUUAAUAAAGGACCAGUGCGAGCAUGAAACUGAUGCAGCACACCAACAAUCAUCUGAUACUAGCAGCCUUACAGCAUUAAAUUCCAAAUCAAAUUUUAUAAGCAAAAGUAAAUGCGAAACUAAUAUUGAAAAAGAUUGA